AUAAACGUGAAUGAAGAAGAAGAAGAAAGAAGGUUUUGGAAAGACACAAGCUUGUUGUGCUUUACUUCAAUAAUUUGGAAAUACUGUGCUAACGCCUGACGCUGGGAACCUGUCAGGGGGAGCUGGUUUUACACCUAUUCUGGUCUACUGUUCUACAAUUCCUCCAUCUGUUACUACUACCACUACUUCAAAACAUCAACACCACUGACGUCAAGGAAAAAGACAAGACGAGAGGAAUCCUGUGUCCGUGUACAGUCCUUCAGUGUGGAAACCCAGUGCUUACAUACACUUGACAGUGGAACAACAUCUACAGUGAAUAACCCCCAGAGUGGAAAACCGAUGCACCAUUGGAAACCGCCGACUGCCAAUGCAUCACCGCUGCACCAAUGGGUCGCAGUGGACCACCGUCUAAAGAGUGCAUCACGUCGCUGACCAGCGAACAGUCUUCUGCUGCCAGUGACCAAGACUCAAAGACUCCACUCACACCACAACCCAACAGAGAGAAGACACUUCACCUGGGGGCCUGUAGGAUAAAGCUUGAACAAAAGAGGGGGGAAAAACAAGCUCAAGGAAAAAAAACAGGUCAAAAUAAUCUUCUGCCUCCCACUUAAAAAAAGAAAAGGAAAAAAAACCUGGAAAAAAGGUUCAGAAGGUUCUGCCUCCCCCUUCAUAUCCUCUCUUGACAUUUAGGAUCCUUUUAGCCGCUUUCCAUGUCUAGAAACUGUCCCGAUCAGCCGUCUUGGACUGCUGAAGUGCCUUUCGUCCAAUAGAUCUUGGACUGCUGCUACUGUGGGUGGGGGAGUUCUGGACUUGGACUGUGCGUUGUCCCUGACUGCAAUUGGGUGUUGUGCCUUCAGUCGACUUCGAGUAUGAGUACUGCAGUGAAUGUUUUCCUCUGCAUCCUAGUGACACUGUCUCUUGCUUGUAACGCAGGGUCUUUUACUGGCUUUGUUGACCACUGAAGGAACUGUGCACCGUUGUGCUUUCAGUUAGGUCUUCGGGACUAGCCUGAUGAUGUCUGCAAUGUUCAGAGAACCUGGAUCACCAAUGUCAGUCAGUAGAGUAGAGUAGAGGAGAGUAGAGUAGUGUAGAGAAGAGUAGUAGAGGCUUGGCUUAAGUUAGUGGUUCUGGGCGGCGGAGGCAUUGUCAUGCGCAGGGCCUGUCCUGAUGCCUGGUGGAGGUUCCCGCGGUGCGGUCCGGUCCACGGUUCCUUCGGCUACCUUGGGGUGGGUGGACAACCAGGUCAGUGGAAUGCCUUGCUGCGCAGGUGGGAGGUGGUCUCGCUGUGCGGAGGAGGGCAUUCACUGCAGUGCUCGUCCGGGCUCAGCGGGGGGCAAGGCACCCGGUUGCAGUCUGGGGCGGCGCGUGGGCCGGCUCCGGGCUCCACUGCCAACAGUGGCAGCGGUCCAAGAACUGUUGAACGAAGGGUGCUUCGGUCGUCUGGGAAGGCUGGUUAGGGUAGUUUCAUGGACAUGGAAACCGGCUGAGGGAUUCCUGAGUGUCGGGAGGGGAAUGGGGGCAGUGCCACGCUUGGCCUCAGAGGGGAGUUGGGACAACCAGGACCUCACAGACCCACAGACAGGGUUGGCUGCAGCAGCGUACGCAUGUACACCAGACCUCAGAAGGGAGAUGGGACAGCCAUUAUCUCCUGGAUGCACAGGAGAGAGGGGACUUCAGGGCUUCGUCGGGAGUGUAGGCAACACUGGACCACAGGAGCCAGGCGAAUCACCAGGCCCUGCAGGUGAUCGAGGGCCUAAAGGCGCUCAGGGAGCCAAAGCGGUCGAAGGAGAAGAGGGACCCGCAGGACAACAGGAGAGCCAGGGGAGAGGGGAAACGGUGGAUUCCCAGGUGCUCAAGGACCCAGUGGACAGAGGAUGUUGUACACUGGAGGUGGAAUGAACCCUGUCAGAUCCUUCAUCCUGCUACGUUCAAGAGGAACUUCAUGAACCACUGGGUAAGAAAAAUAUGUAAAAAUUAUGCAUAAAAAACAUGCUGAUAGUCUCGCAUUGUUUGUAAACUAAUUUCAAUUCAGAUAUGAUGGAUGUAAUAGUGUUGCAUUGUUUUGGUCUUUUAUAGAAUGCACAAUGCACUGCAUGUAUUUCUCAGCUGCUCACAUGUAACUAUAAUAUGGUUUCUGUUCUUCCCUCCUCGUCCGUGCGUUCGUUCGUGCCUGCAUGCGUCCGUGUCUCCGUCCAACCGGCUGUGCAUGCGUCCGUCUCUGCAUCCGUGCCUACGUCUGGCCGGCCGUGCGUCCGUCUGUGCCCACGUCCGUGCCUCCGUCUGUCCGGCUGUGCGUCCGUCUGUGCCCACGUCCGUGCCUCCGUCUGGCCAGCCGUGCGUCCGUCUGUGCCCACGUCCGUGCCUCCGUCUGGCCGGCUGUGCGUCCGUCCGUGCGUCAGUCGGUCUGUGCGUCCGUGCCUACGUCUGGCCGGCCCUGCGUCUGUCUGUGCCCACGUCCGUGCCACCGUCUGGCCGGCCGUGCGUCCGUCUGUGCGUCCGUGCCUACGUUUGGCCGGACGUGCUUCCGUCUGUGCGUCCGUGCCUACGUUUGGCCGGACGUGCAUCCGUCUGUGCCCACGUCCGUGCCUCCGUCUGGCCGGCUGUGCGUGCGUGCGUCCGUCCGUCCGUGCGUCAGUCCGUCUGUGUGUCCGUGUCUACGUCUGGCCGGACGUGCGUCCAUCUGUGCUUCCAUCUGUCCGUGCCUCCGGACGGCCAGCUGUCCGUCCGUGUGUGCGUGCCCACGUCCGUGUGUGCAUGCCUGUGUCUGUCUGUCCAUUCGUCCGUCCGUCUGUGCGUCAGUCCGUGCCUACGUCCGGCCGGGCCCAUGUCUGUGCGUCUGUCAGUCUGUUUGCCCGCAAAAACAAAAAAACAGUAGGGGGUCUACCAAAAAAAUGGAGUGAUUUUUGAGUGUGUGUGUGUCUGUAUUUGGUUUCCUAUAGAAUUGACUUAAGAUACUGCUGAUGGUGUUCAAAGCAUUAAAUAGUCUUCCUCCCUGUUACAUCUCUGAUAUGCUCUCUUUUUAUGCCCCUGCCCGAGCUCUCAGAUCCGCUGAUGCCACGCUGCUAAGGAUUCCUACCCUUCCACCAAAGGAAAUUAGUGAAGCCACCUUCGAUAUGUACACGCCCAAGAGAUCUUGACAUCAGAGACACUACCUCCAUCAACUCGCACAACUCUUUACCCUCGCCUAUUCUUAGCUGCUCAGGCCCUACAGGCUCCACAUGUCGUGCCCUGAUGUGCAAAAUCUGUAGUCAUCUCUCUUCCUUUUAAUCCGUGCGUGAUUACAAAGCAUGUGUGUGUAUGUAUGUAUGAUUACAAAGCGUGUGUGUGUGAUUACAAAGUCUCCAGCCGUGUGUGAUUUUUUUUUUUGAACACUGAAAUUGUUUUUUGUAUUUUUUUCCCUGUCUUUAUCCUUUUUUUCCUGUAUCCUUUUAUUGUCUAUUAUUGUACGUUACAUUUUGCUUUUGUUAAAAGAUGGAAAAAUUAAGGUAAUGAAAAGAAAUGGAAGAAAAAGUAAGAAAUUAUUGGUCCCCCAUAAGGGGGGGUGGUGGUUCUGGGUUUAGAAAAAAAAGUGUGUGUGUGUGCGUGCACGCACGUGCGUGCGAUUACAAAGUGUGUGUGUGUGAUUACAAAGCGUGUGUGUGUGUGAGCGAGAGAGAGAUUACAAAGUGUGUGUGUGUGUGUGAGUGUGCGUGAGUGAGUGAUUACAAAGCGUGAAUGUGUGGGCGUCAUGCAGAUGGUCAUUUUUCUUAUUUAUUUUUAUUUUACACUUCUACACGUCAUCCCCCAAGCUGUAUUAUUUGCUAUGAUAUUAACCCCUCCUUGCAUCUGCACUUGUUGUUCUGUAUAUUUCCUGUGCUCUUUGUAUUUGCUAUGAUGUGAUGUUGGCUAUGAUUAUGUCUUCUUUGAAAGCCGCUUUGGUUAUAAAGCGUCUGCCAAAUGCAAUGUAAUGUAAAGGUAUAUUAAUAGACAAAUCAUCUGAUCUGCCUUUUCUGUACCACAAUAAAAGGAAAAGAAACACCAUCACACAAAUUUGCCUACGGCAGAUGUU